AUGCGUAAAGCAAAGGGACCAGCCAACUUACAGAGCUCUGCUGCUCCACUCUCAGACACACUCUCUCAUUCACCAUCCUCAUCUGUAUUAAAUGAACAUAUGAACCACACAUCUCGUCAGCAAGAACAAGUAUUGACCUGCCCUAUCUGUGGAGCAACAACGUAUAAUCUAGUAUCGCUUAAUAAACAUAUUGACUUGAACCAUGCUGAAUCGCCUGUUCAUGAUUCUGAUGAUCCGGCAGAAGCACUCUUGGCAUGGUUUCGUCGUACUCAAAUAAAAGUAUCCGAUGGACUGUCUAAUACCAGUUGGCAGAAACUUGGACUGAAUCGUAUUGCUGCUGGAAUCAAAGGAUCAGCUCAAGCGCCUUUAGAUUUGAUCAAGGGUAUGGAUACCUUUGAGCUUAAUUCAAACGUUACCUAUGGUCAUGUAUUUGAAUCAUCAGUCUCAUCUGCUUCAGGAAGUCGGCAUGUUGGAAAAAGCUAUGAUCGAGAUAUGUACGGUAUGACUGUGUAUGAUGGAACUCCAAGUUCAUCUUCGUUGGCUAGUGGAGAUCAGUCUGCAGUGACUCGCAUACAUUGGCAACUCUCCACUGUUGACGAUCGGUGUUCAUAUUCAAGAUGCAGUAGUACAUUGGGUAUACUGUCUGGAAAGGAAAACUGUCGAAAAUGUGGGCGUUUGUACUGCGAUUUGCAUUCUAGGUUUCAAAUGAAAUUAGCUUCGAAUGCCAGCCAUGACCCUGUUUCUGGAUACUGGUCAAGAGUGUGUCAGCUAUGUUAUAUGUCUCGUGAAGGAUACAUGGAUGUUUAUGGGGUAUCACGGAAUAGAACCCAAGGAUUUCUAAAAGUUCGUGGGAUGCGUAUUGAUCGUGCAUUACUGGAGGCUAACAAGAUUGAAAAGCGACUAGAAAAGAUUACACGUGCUUUAACUGGAAGCUCGAUACCAUCGCCUCAUCAACGAUCAUGGAGCAAUCUGAGUUUGCCAUUUAAAAACUCAAUUGAUCAAGCGGUUGUAGCAUGGGUUCCCGACGAUAGUUCUAGUCAAUGCUAUAUCUGUGGGUCACAAUUUGGUCUUGUCAAUCGAAGACAUCACUGUCGUCUUUGUGGUCGAUUAGUUUGUGGGUCGUGCUCUACAAUGAUAGACAUCAAAGUUCCGACAGAUGGGGUGUAUGCCGCUUUAGAAAAGAUUGGACAGAUUCGAUCUUGUUCACAGUGCAAGGAACUGAUUGGAAUGAGAGAUAAUUCACAAGACGAAAGCACAACACCACAAUUGGUAUCACUCUAUCAACAAAUUGUUAGAUUGCGCUCGCUAGUUCAAGAAACGCUUCCAAAAUUCAAUAGUCUUUUGGUAGAUCUAAGGAGUAGGGCAAGCGUAUCUGUUGAAGAACAAGAUUAUCAAAUAGCGCUUCGAUAUCGUAAACAGUUAUUAGACUAUUUUACCGAGCUGGAGCGUCACGCCAAACAGAUUAAACGGCUACCGACAUCAAGUACAAUGACCCUUCGACUGCAUGAAAAUGUACAUCAAUCUGCGAUCCAAUUUCUUCAGGCCAAUAUGUUGACAUUGCAGUUGAUGCCCGACACAAUUGGCUUCAAAGCGCGUCAAUUAGGAAAUGCAUCAGAUGGAAUACGACCUGAUCGAAAAAAGAUACUCAGUACAGAACAUGACGCCAUGUAUAAAGAAUUAGACAUGACUAGCCAAGCAUUAGAUGAACAAAUUGCACAGCUAGAAGGGAUGCUACUUGAUGCAACAAGUCGACGGCGACUAGAAGACGCAGUUGUAUUAAACACAAGUCUAAGUGAAUUACGACAAGAGUUGCAAUGUGUACAACAAAAAAUGGAUGCAUUGUACGAGUGA